UCAUGGAAGACACCGAAUACAGAGAAAAAGUAAAGUGACUCGAAGUAGUAGCAGCCAUGGCUUCUAAUAAUCAAGUGCUGCUUCUUGCAUUCACACUCACACUCACACUUUUCUUGCAGCUUCUACCAUUUCAGAUUGAAGGUAUUGGUGCAAAAGUUGAAAACCUUCCUGGUUAUGAUGGACCCCUUCCCUUUCAUCUUGAAACCGGGUAUAUUGGGUUGGGGGAUUCAGAUGAUGACAUGCAAGUUUUCUACUAUUUUAUUAAGUCAGAGAAUGAUCCUAAGAAUGACCCUCUUUUGCUAUGGCUCACUGGUGGCCCCGGUUGUUCUUCAUUUUCCGGCCUUAGUUUUCAAAUAGGUCCAAUGAAAUUCAAAAUUGAGGAAUAUGAUGGGAGCUUCCCUAAGCUGAUUCCAAGGCCACAGUCAUGGACAAAGGUGGCUAACAUUAUUUUUGUGGAUUUGCCAAUGGGAACGGGAUUCUCUUACGCCAAAAAUAUCCUUCCCCAUCGAAGUGACUGGAAAUUUGUUCAUCAAACCCAUCGAUUUAUUAGAAAGUGGCUUGCUGAGAACCCGGAAUUUCUUUCAAAUAAGUUCUACAUGGCAGCUGAUUCAUACUCCGGAAAUGAAAGAGGUCUCGAACCCUGGAUAAAUCUCCAGGGAUAUAUACUAGGAAACCCUCUAACAUCAAGAGAAGAAGAUAAUGAUCGGAUCCCUUAUGUUCAUGGAAUGGGACUUAUCUCUGAUGAACUCUAUUGGUCCUUGAAGAAAAAUUGUAAAGGGAACAUUAUAAAUGUGGAUUCCACAAAUAAAUUGUGUGUAAAUGACAUGGAAUACUAUCAUGAGCUCCUUGAAGACGUUGAAUUGUACAAUAUUUUGGAGAUAUAUUGUGUUCAUCUUCAUGAUCCUGUCAAAGGAACAAGAUGGAGCCCCAGAAGAUCUCUAUCUGAGAAGAUAAAGGCUUAUCCGGUGCCCGAUAUUCGCUGUCCGAUUUAUGAUUACUUCCUUUGUACGGAAUGGAUGAACAAUCCAGCUGUCCGCAGCGCAUUGCAUAUUCGAGAGGGAACUAUAGAGAAAUGGAAAGUAUGUUAUAGCGACAAUUAUGUACAUGACAUCCGUAGCAGCGUUCCGUUUCAUGCAAAUCUCAGUGCAAAAGGCUACCGUUCCUUGAUUUACAGUGGAGAUCACGACGCUGUGAUUCCUUUCUCGUCGACUCAACGAUGGAUAAGGUCUCUAAAUUACUCGAUCGUGGAUGAUUGGAGGCCGUGGUAUUUAAAUGACCAAGUUGCGGGAUACACGAGGACUUACUCGAAUCAAAUGACAUUUGCAACUAUAAGGGGUGCAGGACAUACAUCUCAGGAGACUAAGCCAGACGAAGGUUUUGCCAUGUUCGCUAGGUGGAUAUCUAAUAAGCCUCUUUAACUGAGCAACAAAGACGGCAUAUAUUUUUUAGGAGAAUGCUAGGGGACAAUGACUUUGUUGAACAAUAUGAACAACCACCAAUCAAAUAAAAACACACCAUAUUUCCAAA